GAACUUUCCCACCAGAACUUUUGAUUAUACCUGCACCACAGGGCACAAUGGCGUCGGCAGCCCCCUUACAAUCGAUGGUGAUACCGCGAUUUCUCCUCCCGCAGCUGACGUGGAGUGCGAGAGCUGCGCGACCAGCACUGUCUGGCGGACUGUCCGAAGGUCGACGCUUCCAUUCAUCCUCUCCGAUUCCGGCUGCUCCAAGGGCCACGACGACGUCUGCGAAUAAUCUGAGACCAACAUUUCGACCUUCGGCGCAAUUGGGAUGGCAGCAGAGAUACCCGCCUGCUGUGGCAAGCACGACCGCGGCCCUCGCCUUGCAUCGAAGCUUCAGCGCUACUCCAGCGCAAGCUAAGGACCAUCACUUUGACACGCUGAAGUUCGUCCAGCGGCUCAAGGGCGAGGGGUUCACGGAGGAGCAAGCCGAGGCGAUGAUGAGAGUUCUCACGGACGUGAUUGAGGAGAGCAUACAAAACCUCACCCGCACGAUGGUCCUCCGCGAAGACCAAGAGCGCGCGACCUACACGCAGAAAGUUGACUUCGCAAAGCUGCGCUCGGAGCUGAUGACGGCCGACUCGACGGAGUCGUCGCUGACGCGGACGUCGCACGAGCGGCUCACCAACGAGCUCGCGAAGCUCAACUCGCGGCUCCGAGACGAGAUCCAGCGGACGCAGGCGUCUGUGCGGCUGGACCUGAACCUGGAGAAGGGCAGGAUACGGGAGGAGGCCAACGUGCAGGAGCUCAAGAUCAAGGAGACGGAGACGAGGAUCGAGCAGGAGACUGCGCAGCUGAGGGAGAGGCUCGAGCAGGUCAAGUUUUCGACGCUGCAGUGGUUGAUGGGUGUUUGUACCGGUACGGCCGCACUCAUGUUGGGUGUGUGGCGUCUACUCAUGUAGACCUGCUUUCGUUCGUAUGAAGACAGACAAGUCGAUAUGAUUUCUGGAUAAGACAGGGUAAUGGGACCAGUGUGAGAGAGAGUAUCUGGUUGUUAUAGUGUUCAAGUUGCAUGGCCUACUCGGAGCGAGAUGAUCCAUUUCUCACGGAAGGAAAGGGCAUUGAAUGACCGAGCCCACAAAUCUUGACCAUCUCCAUUCUGGCUUGGGACCGUUUGCAUAUAUUAUGUAUAUGCGUGUAUAUCUAUUCAUACUCAUACUACAUGAUUCAAGGUAUCUCCACUUAGCGAUGUCUUCUCUCCAGUCAUUCAUAGUACCGGCGUUCUAGAGGAGACUGUAUGUACACAAGUAUUGUAGUAUUUUCCAUACAUGGCUAGCAACAAUUUAGCAGCAAUGACAGAAGAAUUUGUAUACCUGUA